AUGGUUAGCUAUGCAAUGGCAGAUGCAGCCGAAGACAGAGUUGUGUGCAAAGCAACAGGUUGGGCUGGCUACAUGUCUGCCUUGCAUUGGUGGUCAAGCAAAAGCACCUACACCCAAACUGUGGUACUGGUCUCAAACAAGUCUAAGGGCAACAAGAAGUGCUUGUGCAUCAUCAUCAGAGAUCGAAAAGAACCUGAAUUAGGACUACAAAUUAAUAUAACACUUAAUUUCGGCCAGUCUACUGUUUUCCAUGCCCCUUCUAAUCAAAGUGAUAGUAGUCCUGCUUCUGCCCCUAGUCCUAGUGGUGGAGGGAGUUCCACGGGUGCCAAAAGUGAGGGGACUAGUGGUCAGGACUAG